UGGAAGCAAGGCAUGGCGGGAUUACGUGUAUGGCGACGCUUAGUUCUCCCAAUGCACAAUUCUUCUUCUUCUUUCCUUAGCUUCCUCCUUUUGUAUUCCUUCAUUGCCAUUGCCAUUGCCAUCGCCAUCGCCAUCGCCAUAAUCGCUCCAUUUCUCUUUCUUUCUCUCUCUCUCUCUCUCUCACCUACUCAUUGGCACGCACGCGUCGUCCCUGUCAGGCGUAGUAAGGUAAGGGGGAGGGGGGUUUCGAGCCUCAUUCCCCGGAUACCUUUUUGCCUGUCUGAGGGAGAGAGAAUUGAAGAGAAUACUAUUAGAGAAGAGAUGACGCCGAUUGAGAAGGAGGAUGCUGCUCUGAACCUAAGGAGAUCUCAUUCUUCUCUCAAUUUUAGGAAGAUUGUCCCAAGGGUAUUGCGCACCUCUUCCGUUAAGAACUUGUUCAGACCUAAGAAGCCUCGGACUCCUGCCGAGAUCGUAUGCGACACUAGGGAAUUGCUCUUGUACCUCGAUUCUGCUUCUAACGACGCCGCCGUUGGCCAUAAGCAUGAAGAAAAGUUGGAGCAGCUGGAUGUGGAUCUCAUGGAGCUGAAGUCGAUUCUUUAUGGGAUCAAUGAAUCCGAGCCUGUGCCAGAAGCUUGUGCGCAAGUGACUCAGGAGUUCCUUAAAGACGACACAAUGAGGCUCCUCAUUCUGUGUCUCCCAAAAUUGAACUUUGAGGCUCGUAAGGAUGCUGUCCAAGUUGUCGCAAAUUUGCAAAGGCAAUCAGUUCAGUCUCGAUUGAUUGCUUCUGAUUAUCUAGAAGCCAAUUUAGAUCUUAUUGACCGACUGAUAGCUGGGUAUGAAGAUCCUGUAAAUUCUUUGCUUUUUGGGGGAAUGUUGAAAGAGUGCUUAAGACAUCAAGUUGUUGCUAGGUACAUUUUGAAGUUUGAGGAGCACAUAAAGAAAUUUUUCGACUACAUUCAACUUCCAAAUUUUGAUGUAGCUUCAGAUGCUGCUGCUACAUUUAAGGAACUUAUGACAAGGCACAAAUCUACAGUUAUGGAAUUUCUAGCAGAAAACUAUAGCUGGUUCUUUGCUGAAUUCAACUCGAGGUUGCUGGAGUCUUCCAAUUACCUGACUCGAAGGCACGCCGUCAGGCUUCUUGGAGACAUGUUGCUGGACCGAUCGAAUUCUGGCGUGAUGGUACGAUAUGUUAGCUCAAAGAGCAACAUGAGAGUGCUGAUGAAUCUUAUGAGGGAGUCUCACAAGAGCAUCCAGAUCGAUGCAUUUCAUGUAUUCAAGCUGUUCGUGGCAAACCAGAACAAACCGGCUGACAUAAUCAACGUACUGUACUUCAACAAAAGCAAGCUCCUGAGGUUUUUCGAUGGAUUGACGACGGACAAAGAAGAUGAAGUGUUUGAAUCGGACAAAGCUCAGGUGAUCAAUGAAAUAAUGGAGCUGGAGGCGACGGGGAGUUUCAGCUGCUCGGGAGAACUGUUCAAGCCCAUGACUGUAUAAAUUUGUGUGUGUCUGUUCUUAGAGAAUAAGCUUUCUUUCUCAGGCUUAUUAUAUAUGCUUUUGUAUUAUUUAUUUAUUUAUUUAAUUAUUACAUGGUUGUCUAUAUAGUGUCCGUCUCUCUGUCAUAGCCUUCCAGUUUUGGCACUUAGAUUGACUCUUCUUUUUUCUCUAUAUUUUUACACACAUGUAAUGUCAAAUGAAAAAAGAAAAAAUUUGGUAGAAAUACAAGAGUAGUAUAUGUCUU